UCCACAGCGGAGAGGCAGGCAGCAGCGUCGCAGCGUUACAACAAGAGCGGCUUUCGGGCUUUGUUUUGUGGAUGUGAAUGAGCUCCAUCACCUACUUUAGAAAUGUGGACGGAUAUAAGGACAUUGCUACUUUUUCAUUCGUUAGUCCUGAGGAUUUAUUUCUCGGAAGCAACGGAUGAGUGUGAGGAUGGACAGUUUCAGUGCAACAACAAAAGGUGUAUACCGACAAUCUGGAGGUGCGACGACGAUGACGACUGCUCAGACAACAGUGAUGAAGAAAACUGUCCCAGGAAGACAUGUGCCCCUGCAGAGUUUGCCUGCUUAAAUGGCCAGUGUGUCCCGGGACGUUGGCGAUGCGACGGGGAGCCAGAGUGUCCCGAUGGCUCUGAUGAGGCAGAGGAGACCUGCAGCAAACAGACGUGCCCUCCAGAGAAAUUUGACUGUGGGGGAUCCACCAAUAAGUGUGUCUCGUUGUCAUGGAGAUGUGAUGGGGAGAAGGAUUGCGAGAACGGGGCUGACGAGGAGGACUGUGCGUCGGAUGCCAAAGCCUGCCCCAGCGGUGAGUUCAUGUGUGCCAACCGCAAGUGCUUGGCCAUCGUCCACGUGUGCGACGGUGACGACGACUGCGGAGACGGCAGCGAUGAGCUCAAGUGUACCUCCCCUCUGACCUGCGGGCCCAACCAUCUCCGCUGUAACACCUCGGAGUGUGUGCCGCUCAUAUGGAGCUGCGACGGAGACCCCGACUGCUCCGACAGUUCGGACGAGGGGCCGGAGCGCUGCGGCGGCGACGGGGUCUCGUAUCUGCCUAACCGCCGAACAAACUGCACUGCUGGCGAGUUUCGCUGCGCAAACGGGGAGUGUGUGCGGUUAACCUGGAAAUGUGAUGGAGAUCCAGACUGCAAGGACAAGUCUGAUGAGUCUGACUGCCCCCUGUUGACGUGCCGUCCCGAUGAGUUCCAGUGCGGUGAUGGUUCCUGCAUCCACGGCACCAAGCAGUGUAACAAGGUCCAUGACUGUCCUGACCGCAGCGAUGAAUCUGGCUGUGUCAAUGCCACCAAAUGUGAGGGACCGCUGAAGUUUCUGUGUAAGAAUGGAGAGUGCAUUGAUAGCUCCAAGGUGUGUGACUCUGUCAAGGACUGCAAGGACCGAUCAGAUGAGCCCAAGAAGGAAUGCGGGCUGAAUGAGUGUAUGAUCAACAACGGCGGCUGCUCCCAUGUCUGCAUGGACCGACCAAUCGGCUUUGAGUGCCAGUGCCCCGCUGGCUACCAGCUACUGGAUAAAAAGACUUGUGGUGACAUUGAUGAGUGUGAGAACCCUGAUGCUUGUAGCCAGAUCUGCAUCAACUACAAGGGAGAUUUUAAAUGUGAAUGCUAUGAAGGCUAUGAGAUGGACCCUGUUACUAAGACCUGCAAGGCAGAAGGGAAGAGCCCUUACUUGCUGUUCACCAACCGGCAUGAGAUCCGCCGCAUCGACCUGGUGAAGAGGGACUACAGCCAGGUGGUGUCCACCCAGAAGAACGCUGUGGCUCUGGAUCUGGACGUGGCCAACAACCGUGUCUUCUGGUGCGAUCGCUUUCACCGGAAAAUCUACAGUGCCUUCAUCCAUGAGGCCAGUGACCCCUCUCAGCAGGUGCCGCUGCUGGAAUCUCUCCUGCAUACCCCUGUGGGUCUGGCUCUGGACUGGCUCCAACACAACCUGUACUGGACCGACUCCGGCGACAAAUCCGUCUCCGUGGCCUCAGUGGACGCCACCAAGAGACGCGUCCUCAUUAACACGGACCUGAGUGAACCCCGGGCCAUAGCGCUGGAUCCCCACCACGGCUUUAUGUACUGGUCAGACUGGGGCACACGAGCCAAGAUAGAGAAGGCCGGGAUGAAUGGAGUGGACCGACAGGUGCUGGUGGCUGACAACAUUGAAUGGCCCAAUGGCAUCACGCUAGAUGUAGCCAACAGGCGUCUGUACUGGGUGGAUUCAAAGUUGCACCUUAUAGCCAGUGUGGACCUGAACGGAGCUCACCGCAGAACACACAUGUCGUCCGCAGAGAGACUGGGACACCCCUAUGCACUGGCUGUUUUUGAGGAUCGUAUCUACUGGACAGACAGAGACAAGGCGGCGGUCUUCAUGGCCAACAGGCUGACCGGACAAGACAUCCACACGCUGGCUGAAAACCUCAACGACCCCCAUGAUAUCGUGGUUUUCCACCAGCUCCGCCAGCCACAAGGCCCAGACAGCUGUAAUCUGGGCAGUGUGGCCAAUGGAGGCUGUGAGUACUUGUGUCUAAAGGCUCCACAGAUUACCGAACACUCACCCAAAUACACCUGCGCCUGCCCCGACGGGCAGGACCUGGGUCCUGAUAUGAGGGGCUGUGUGCCAGCAGCGCCAAGAAAUGACAUGACACCGACCUCUUCCCCUCCUACUGGAUUUACACCUGGCAACAGAGCGACUGUUGCGGAAGAAUUCCCUCCGCCCUCAGGGGGAGUAUCGCAGGCGGACGCCACCCCCCACUUGACCACAGCUCCCUCUGGUGCCCCCGAGCCCCUCACACCCGUCUCCACUCUUAAGCCUUUGUCGUCACAAGAGUCAAAGGCACUGGGCUCCCACUACACCGCCACCGCUAUGGUCAUCUCCACCACAGCUGCGGGGGACAGCAGCGUCUCUCAACACUCCGUGCACGCACGAUCAGUUGCUCCCCGCCUCUCUGUUUUUUCUAGGGGUGUGCAAAAAAAUGUAUUCACAUUCGAAUCGCGAUUCUAGCUCUAUCGAUUCAUAGAAUUCCAAAAAUCGAUUGAUAUUUAUUUAUUU